UUUUUAGCCGGUAAUCUCAUAGUAGGAAUUGGUGAAGUCCUGGAGAUCAAUACAACUGCACCAUCCAUAGUUAAUAACAACUGCCCCAGUUGUAAUUACAACGCAUCACAUGAAAAUAGAUCUUCCUCAAGCUCGCAUGGUGAACAUCUCGCUGCCGUGAUUAGGUUCAGUGGUAACAUUGAGUUCAGAAACGGUUCAACAGUCCAAGUAUUUGGAAAGUAUGGUCUGAGUAUAACAAGUCAGAAUGGACACAUCUUAAUAGAAACUGAUAUUAACAUGACGUGUACAGAGAAGGUGCUGGAUGAAACAUGUCUCGGUGGGUUCACACAGUCAUCAGUAAGGCCGUUGGAAGAUCUCAAUAACCCUCCUAAUUUCCUAUAUAAAGGUAAGAGAAGAUGCUUUUAUUUGCCUUUCUCACAUUUGCAUUUGGUUUGCUCUUGCUUUCACACUUACUUCCUGGGAGGUGGGUACAAGGUAUAAUAAGACGGUAUAAUUACGAACAGUAAAUCGCUGAGUCUCUUUAAGGUUUAACAUUCGGAGGUAAAUUCAUACUCAACCAUGAGGCAAAAUUGGUUUCCUUGGAAACUCAGUGUGAUAUAAUCUGAUAGUUUAGAGGGAUUCAACGUUUUGAAAUGCCAAAAACAUUGGCUCGAACUCAUGCCACAUCUGAGGUCCGAGGUCAUACCAGCUGUGACCGAUUUAUUACCACAAUUUGUUUAGCGUAACAGGGACAGGAGGAAUAGAAAUCCAUGCUACUAGGGAGGAUAUUUACAUAUAGUUAUUAAUCACUGCUUUGCUCAGGGAACAGGUCGUUUAUGGCUGGUCUUCACUCAUUCCGUGGCCAUUUGAGUAACAUUCAAUAGUAAGCUCCUAGCUUCUUUAGCCUUCCUUGUCACUUAAAAUUAUAUGCUGUUCUUUUAUAAUUAACACUUUUUUGUAACGUUUUAUUGUUACGUUUUGUGAGUGUCUAAAAAACAAAUAGAGAAAAAUUCUAAAUAUGCUGAUCUUCAAACCUUAUACAGCCUAAUUAAAGCUCAUUUUUGCAAAGGCUAUGUUCUUACAACAGGUAAAUAUUGCUUCAAGAUCGCCAAAUUCUCGUAAUUUUAAGAGACAGAGAUAAGUCGCGUCCUCAGUAUUACUCUCCUGAAUAGAAUGCUAGUCCAUCACAGGGAAGUGGCAGUCUGAUUAUUUCGUGUGGUACUUCUUUUUACAACUGGGCGGAGAAGGACAGAGUGAAGUAUUAUUCAAUAAAAACCAAGCGCUGCUUGAAUUCCUUCCUCCAUUUCUAAAGUCCGAUAAAAUACCACUUUUCUUGUACUCUGACGACUGAAUAAGACUUCUUGGUGUUGGCUAAGUUUUGUAAACAGGGGAUUUUUAAUGAUUUUUAUUUUCUUUACAGGUCUUGGUCCUGGUGGCCUCAGAAAAGCCAUAGACUUUAAUUUGGUCGUUGUUUGCAUACCUGGUUCUAGUCAUGGCGGAAGAGGACUGCCUCCGGGUGAUUAUCCCAUACAUUCAGAUCAAGCAUAUGAUCAACAGGACACAGUAUCGCUAUUAGGAGGAAGCGGAGGUGAGAUAAACUAUUUUAAAAUCACUUUGUGGCUUUGAUCUAAGUAAUAAUGAGGGCUGGAAUGGAAAUUAGAUAAUAAGAAAAAAAAACAGGAAUAACUUUGGGCACACUACAAUUACUGUACCUUACGGCAUACUUAACGACAAAUCAGGCCUAUAUUAGAAGAAUUAACUGUGUUUUAACUACUUUUUACUAAAAUUCUAGCUCAGUUAGUUCGAACGCCGAUUAGCGCUUAACCCGGGUUUUCUUUCUUGUGUUCAAAAGCAUUUUCUCGAAUAAUUUUCUCUGUUAUAUUUAGAGCUUUCAAUUAUCAACUUGUAGACAAAAAGGAUUAAAACUAAAAUGCUUUUUAAGCUUUCAAAUCUGAAUUCAAAUCUGGCACUAACCCUGGGCUAUCUUAACCCAGCUUUGAACAACUCGGCCCUGGAAACAGUUGGCUGUAAGUAAAGUACUCAUGACUGUGAAAGGUUUCAACCCAGGAGUCAUUUCAUAAGUGGGAUAAAUAUGAUCGUCCAGGUGAACGUAGUCCUAAGUAAGACCGUUGUUGUUGUCAUUGACUAACGUUUCGACAACCUGUGCAGUAGUCAUCUUCAGAGUCAAAGUGAGUCGUAUCACGUCAGUUGAUGGUACAAAAAUCUACGCCUAGUUGUUCGAAGGCCGAUUAGCGCUAACCCAGGGUUAAAUUUUAACCAUGGUUUUUUUUCUUUUGUUCAAAAGAAUUUUCCCAGGUUAUUUUCUCUAUUCUUUCUAGGCCAUCCAAUCAUCAAACUGUAGACAAAGAGAAUAAAACUGAUUUUGCUUUUUAAGCUUUGAUAUCCGAAUUCAAAUUUCGCACUAACCCGGGUUAUCGUAACCCUGCUUUGAACUACCCGGCCCUGGUUAUUGUCCUGAUUUGUGAAUUAAGUCGCGAUGUUAUUGGCCAUGAAGACUCGUAAUGUCAUUGGUGCGUUUCGAUCCGUCUAUUGUCACAGUUAAACAGUCGAUUAUUGUUAGUCAAAUUGUCAGUUGUCUAGUCAUUCCCUCGUAAUUAGUUUUGCUUAAGUGCUUCGAUAAGUCGUUUGUGCGGUGCCGAUAUCUGACUUCUCCUACAAGCAGCUGCUACGUGACUCAGUACAUCCCAUGAUCAAUGUUCUCGUACACUUUCGCAUUCUCACAAUGUUCACAGGGAUUUUCAGAGUGAAACGUAAUUGUCUACUCUAGGGUAUUAAUUUCUGUUUCCUUACUGUCGUUUUCAGUGUCAUUGUGGCUCGCCUGGGUGUCUUUGGCUCUCUUCCUUUCUAUCCGAUGAACUUUCCACCUUACCCUCGUUCUCGGAAGUACUUUCUCCAUUUUGGUAGCCUCAUUAGAGACCUUUAGAUUCUAGGACGAGAACGACUACGAGUACGAGAUUUCACUUAAAGUGUUUUCGCUUAUUCUCAAAUAAUAAGGAGCUUUAGCAUCGACGACGGCAACGGCAGCGAAAAAGUCACUUUUAAAAUGAAUCCGCGUUUUUUCAAUCUUUGUCGGGUUUAUUCCAAUUUCCUGAAAAUGGAAAAUGUAGGCGAAUUUUCCUGUAGUUGAUUUCUUGAGGACCGCACUCAAGUUUAGAAAGAGAAAAAAAGAUUCGUCGUCGGUUGUUUACGUCCUCCAUAAAACUUGCAAUUAGGCAUUUUCACGUCUUAGUCGUGCAAGGAAGGUAAAGAAAUGUACAAAAAAGCGUGAUGCACGUGGAAAGUUGUUGUUUUGCGUAAUAAACCAAUGUUUUUUUGACGUCCUCGUUGCCGUUGCCGUUGCCGUCGCCGUCGUCGUUGCUAAAACUCCCUACUGACUAAUAGACACCCCGGAUAGCCUCAUUGUACGUCUUUUCACCAAAACAAAUUAGCAUUGUUUUCUUUAUUGAAAGAGAUUAAGAUAUCUCCCGGCCGCAAAAUAAGCAGCCUAUAACACUUUAUAACUUGUGUCCGCUAACACGACAUUCUCGCUAAAACUCGUAGUAGAAUGACAAAGACUAUCAUUUUUUUUUCCCGCCAAAAUGACGCUGGUUCACGCGAGCGCACUAAUUCAGUAGUAUUGAGGAAAUCUCGUACUCGUAGUCGUACUGGUUUUAGAAUCUAAAGGUCUCUGUUCUUUUUCUAUCAAAUCCAUUCUUUGUCAUUGAUUAAGCCCUUAUCGACUACAAACUCCGCAAGUCCAUCUAUGAACACAUUUAACGCACGAGGUUUGGUCACAUAAUCGUUAUGAGGAACUAGCGUUGAACACACUGAACGAGCUCGGUAAUGUUUGUCACGGAAUUAUGGGUUUAUUUCGAAGUAACCGUCCACGGGGAGGCCAGAAUAGAAUACCUCUAGAAGCUGCCAUGAUAUAUAGAAAAUCAAAAGUAUGCUCUUUACAUACCGCUUAAAAAAAAUUUUUUACCAUUUAAUGGCAAAGGUUUCAGGUAAGUGAUAAAAAGAAAGGCAUUGCUAUAAGGACGAUCUGUAAAAGAGUCAAAGACCCCAUAGAAGAUAGACCAUCUAAAAAGUAUUCAUAUCUUAAAAACUAGUUUAAAAAACAAACAAUUAAAAAUGUAAAAAUGCAUACGGAGAUAUGUACAAAAAACAAUCAGUACAAUAAUAAUAAUAAUAAUUAAAAAAACCUCACACAUUUCCACCUAAAAACUACCUCACUCCUUUUUUAAAACUAACAAUAGUUGUUGCUUGACGAAUAGGCAAUGGUGGAGUGUUCCACAUGUCCACGAUGCUACUGAAAAAAACUAAAUGUAUUAGUUCUAGCAUGAUUCUUUUUAAGAGUACAUUCAUCUUUUCCCCUUUAAGGACACCGAUCAGAAUCUAAGAAAAACUGUACAUAUGUAAAUAGAUCAAUGUUUAUAUAACCAUUCAGGGCUUUAUACAGGAAUAAUACGUCAAAUAAAAAUCGCUAUAUUUGUUCUAAGGACAACAAAUUGAGCUUUUUUCUCCGUUGUUCGUAAUCAUCAUUGGUCUUCACAAUAAACUUGGUUGCCCUUCGCUGAAUUUCCUCCAACUUAGAAAUAUUUCUAGAUGUGUGUGGUGACCCCAGAACACUGCAAUACUCUAGCUGUGAUCUGACCUGGGCAAGAUACAGAGUUCUCAAUGUGGAAACAUCUUGAAAUCCUCUGCAGGUCCUUUUAAUUAGACCUAGGGUAUUGUUGGCCUUAUUCGAUAUUUUAUCAAUAUGAGUGCUCCAAGACAGAUUGCAAUCGGUAACCAAGCCCAGAUCACGGAACUCAGAUGUUACCUCCAGGAUCUUAUUAUUUAAGUGUAAGUGAGAGUGAAUAGGUGUUUUGCUUUUAGUGAUAUGCAUUAGUUUAAAUUUCUUCACGUUAAAUUCCAUGAGGUUUUGUUGACCUCAUGCACAUAAAUUGUCGAGAUUUGACUGAAAUACGGAAUGAUCAGCUAGACAGUUUAUUAUCCUACAUGUUUUACAGUCGUCAGCAUAUAAUGACACACAGUUUCCAGGUAUUACUACUUCAAGCAAAUCACUAAUGAAAAUUACAAAGAAGAAAGGGCCCAAUAAGGAGCCCUGAGGUACCCUCGAUGGAAUAGCUCACCCUGUAGAAAUCAUUCCUUCUAUGAAAACUCUCUGUUCUCUGUCGGUGAGAUAAUCCUUACACCAAUUCAAAAGCGCACUGGAGAUACCAAAAUUACCCAAUUUUUUUGCAGCAGGAUAUUAUGUGCCACUCUGCUAAAUGCCUUUGCAAAGUCCAGGAAAACAACGUCCACCUGUUUGCCCUCAUUCAAGGUGGACAUUGAUGGACAUUGAUGCUAACUGGGUAGCACAUGAACGUCCCCACACAAACCCGUGCUGCCAAUCUGUCAGAUAAGGAGCCACAUGCGGGUAUACAGCAUUAUACACAAUCCUCUCUUGACAUUUACUCGGAAUGGAUAGUAAUGAAAUAGACCGAUAAUUUUUGACUACAUCUUUAGCAUCAGCUUUAAAAACAGGAGUAACAUUAGCUCGCUUGGAAAAGACUACUCAAAAGAUCUUUCAUCGUUGGCUCUUUAUUACCGCUUAAGUCAUCAAAACUUCCACUCUUUUAUUUUUCACUUUUGUGCUCUUUGUCAACCAAAUCUAUGUUUUUCUUCAUCUCGACAAGUGCCGGUGGAAGGGAGGCUUGGAAUAAGUAACUUAUAACUUCGUUUCCUCUUUUAUAGCAUCAAAAAACCUAGGCUUGUAACAACAGGGACCACCCACUUGUCCUAGAAUUCGCUUCUUUGUAAAGUAGGAGACAUUUUUUUUUUGCUAGGUCUACUUAGGAGCCCCUGGUCUACUAGAGCAUCUUUAUAUGAUAACAAUAGGACAAUUGCACGAUGACGUCAUUUUGCUACAACUACCAGAAUCCUUGAGUUUGUUGUUUUCUUGUGCAAAUUAAGGCUAUUGUUCUUUAAUCCUCAGCGGGAUUGAGAAAUUUAAAUAACAAAGCAAAACCGAAAUGAAUUCUGGUAGUUGUAGACAAAUAUCGUCAUCGUGAAAUUGUCCUGUUUCCUUGUCUUCGGGGAUUGGAAUGUAUUUCUUAAGUACAUUGGACUAAUGCAUGCAUGAGUUAUAGAGUGUCUGUUCGUAACAGAACUGUCGCUGAUGAACUGGACUUACAGUUGAAGAAAAUCACGGUUGUUCUUCUCGACACAAAACAGUGUUACCACAAAAGAAGUACGAGACAGAGUAGUCAGCUGAACAUUCCGAGAUGCCAUCGAGCUGUCGGUCAGCGGUCAUUCUCCUACCGAGGGGUAAAGCUUUGGAGUGGCAUCAGUGAUAAUGUUAAAUCUACCGACUCAGUCAACAUGUUUAAGAAGCGACUUGUCAAACUACCUCUUUCCAAUCAAGAGCCGGAUUCGAAAUAACAAGUUUUAUUUCAUUUAUUAUUUUUAUUUUGUAAUUAUUAUUUUUAUGAAUUACUGUUAUUGACUCCUUCUUCUUACAAUUUUCUUGCCUUAUUGUCCUGUAACUUAAAAGCCCUUCGAGGGAGUUGAAAUAAAAGAAUGCGUGAAUGUAACUGUAAUUAAUUAGCUCUAAUUUAUAGCGGAGCUUCACGUUCGCGCGCGCGAGCGGAGCCCAUCCCUAAGAAAAUUUGGUAAUCUAUCUAUCCGAGAAAUUUUGUUAAUCACGUGAUCGACUAACCAUACGCCCAUCCACCCGUCCGUCCGUACCACAGGGAGACCAAAAUGUGAAAUGUCUAAUUUUCUAGCUGAUAAUAGACAUCCAUUUUAUGGUCAAUUGACAGCUGUCAAAACAGUAUCUGCUUACCAGUGUCACAUGAUCGCAUCGCCAGCUCAGAUGCCAAAUUAUGGAGGUCGUGUGUUUUUAAAGUUUUCCGCUGACCAGUUGCUAGCUAUUAAAUUAUCGCGGGCGUUAUGUUUUUAGUCAUGGUUUUUCCGUAAAGUUAAGCAUAGAUUUGUGGUCUUUUCAAUAGUUUAAGGUCCAUUGUCUGCAGUAAAUUUAAAAUGCAUAAACGGGAGCUUCACUUUUAGCUUUGGCUGAAUAUAUAUAUUCGAAAUGUGGUGGUGGUGAGGGAAAACAAUAGAAAUGUGGCGCUGGGGGUUGUGGAGGAGAAAGACUAAGCCAAAAAAUCUUUCGGUGGUAGAAAGAGCCAGUUUGCCUUCAUCCUCCUUACCAUGUUCAAUUUUCGCGCCAAGAAUCAGUGAACCGGAACCAUUACUAUAAGCUGUCUACAAUGGACAAUGACGGUGGCGCGAAAUUGAUCGUUUAUGGUUACUCUACUGCUCAGUGAUGUUAAUUCACAAGCUUAUUCCCUAGACAACAUGAUUCAACCAAUGAAAACUUUUCUUAGCUUCCAAUCGACCAAUCAAAAACUAAGACUGAGUCAUUGCCCUAAAAAUUACUAGAAAAUCUUUCAAACCGGUUAAAGAGCAUAAGAACAUGACAAACAGGUUCAACCGGUCAAGGUUAGGUGAGACUAUUGUUUCUAUUGUAUUAGAAAUACACAAAAGGGAAGACAAUGAUUAUUCAUGAGAUAAAGACAAAAAGCUAUGACGUCAUCGACAUUCAAAUGAAGAUUCGUCCCUUAAAAGGUCGAUUCGGUCCUUACUAUACUACUAAGCCUGAAAAUAUCCCAUCUACAAGAAAAGAAUACAACAAAUAAACUCAAAAGAGAGUUAAUAUAAGUAUGCAGACAAACGAAUGUUAUCUAUCAGUGGUGAAAAUAAAAACUUCUUUGUGAUAAAAUGUUUUAAAUUUGUAUUUUUGAUGUGAUUUUACCUUCUUUUAACCUUAGGUUCAUGUGCUCAUCACACAGAAAGUGUUGCUGGUGGAGGAGCCAUUGAAAUUGUAGCAGAUAAAGGAUGCAUAACCAUAAGUAUUGACCAUUAGCAAAUUCUUUGUAAACUAUUUAAUAUGUAACUUGUUAACAACGUAGAACCCCAAAAGGCUGAAACGUGCUCAAGAAAAAUACAAGUCUGAUGACAACUGCUACAGGAGCAGAGAUAGUGCUCGGCUUCCAACCAUCAUUCUGGAAGACCUUAUUGAGUGAAUUGUUUAUAACUCAUUUUUCUGAUUUCUAUGCAAAACGGCUAAUCUUUUACUCAGAAACUGUGUUUUAAUCGUCCUAUCAUCCUGUAUCUAUCUCCGUCUUAAAACUGCUCCUUGAAGAAGAAUCUUAAAUGACCCAAUUAGCAGAAAUUCAAUAUUCCAUUAUCAGCCUGUUCACUCCACGCCUUCUGGAAAUAAAAUUAUUUCCUUUUAUCAUUUGUUUUAUUAUUUAUUGAUAAGGAAUAUAUUUCUUCGAUGACACAUUUUAUUUCAAUACUUUUUAGAUGCAAUCAUCAGAGCUUCAGCUCAGCGUGGAACAGUCGAAUCAUGUUCUGGUGGAUCUGGUGGACUUAUUCGCCUUAACGCUUCUCAAGUAAUCCAUGACUUUAAUGUGUAAUUUACAGUUAGUUAUUAUUUUUCUGUCUUGUUUUUUCUUUUGGCAGUAGGGUUCCUAAAGGCAAAUUUUGACUAUGCAUCUACAACAGUCUGCAAAAAUUCGCAGUAAUUUUUUUUAAUAGCAGCGAAUUUUGACUGGGUGUAACUACAGGACUGCCUCUUUCGCAGUUACCGUAAACACGUAUGUAAGCAACAACCUCAACUUUUCAAUAGAGGAGCGGUUCUUCUCUGUGUUAAAAAGGUGUACAUACGUCACAGAUGAUGAUUUUAAACUAUAGGAGAAGUUCGACUCUGUAUACAUGGCAAAGUAAAGCUGUCUCAAGUAACAAACAAAAGAAGUAAAAAUCAAUAGAGGAGGCCUUUUCGAUCCCUUGAAUCCCCGUUACUUCUUCAAGCCUCGUCUUCCAUUUUCAGACGGAGUAAGGUUGUUCGGAGGCUGAAAUAUCAACAUUUUCAAGCGACUUGGUUUUGGUUAGCCUGGAAUUCAUCCGAUUGCUUCGAGUCGUUUUCUCCUCUCAACAACGUCUGAAUCGACCGGCCGUUAAUGCCGUCCAGUGACGUCACUCACUACCCGAAAACCGGGUAGUGAUUUUGAUUGGUUGAUUGUCUAAACAUUCGCAUAAUUAUGUAUAAUUAUGAAAAAUUUUAGACGGAUUGUCGCUUGAUAUUCAGCGGAUCGCAUCCCUGGUGUUCUUUUGUUUAGUUCAAACAUUUCGAUAAGUUUAAUCUUUAUCUUAAACAGUAAAAUUGCCCUUGUCUUCGAAACUGACAUGGUAAAUUGAACUGCGAAUGAAGAAUCAUUGCGGAGAGUUUGUAGGUUUUUCAUUUAGAGCCGCUUUGUGGUUUCGGCGGCCGGUGAUUUUGUUGACGCGAAGUUUUCUGAGAUCAAUUUUAUAAUUCGACCUUCUUGCUAUUUUUACCGUCAAGUGUAAUGAUUCUGUUAGCUUUUCUUUCUUGUCUCCUCGUUUUUUUUAUUCGUUCAGGACCAAAUAGCUUCUUUUCAAUUAAAGCAAAUCAUUGUGUUUUUGAACUAAGUGUUCCGUGUGUGUGUUUAUUUCAUUGCGUGAUCAGCGAGCGAGUUUUAUUAUAGAAUUUAGUACAACCGGUUCAGAUUUUUACUGCGUGCAGUUGAUAGUUUGAACGUUAAACGUGAAUUACAAUCGAAUAAAAUAAAGCAGUUCUGUAUCAUGCAGACAUUUCCAAACGAUAUUUUCUCGGUUUGCCACUUGAAAAUCUUGUUUUACUUUUUGCAUGAAUUAAGGCAACGGUCAAGGAGUAGUGACGUCACUGGACGGCAUUAACGGCCGGUCGAUUCAGACGUUACUGAGGGAGUAAUAACGACUCGAAGUAAUCGGAUGAAAUUCACGUUAGGUUUUGGUGGGAAGGGUAGCGGUCGAAACGCGAACACAGACUGAUUUGAUUGCAUAUUUUUUUGAAAAUCAACAAAUAGAUAAACCGAGCACUUAACAAAGCAAAGUUUCUAAGGUUACUGAAGUCAUACUGCAAACUUCAUUAAAAGACUGUAGCCAUCAUGAUUUCGUAAGCUCCACAUUCUACAGGAGCUUUACUUUUCGAAUCCGCAAAACUACUACUACUAAUUUUUAAUUUUAUCUUCACGAAUUCUGCCAUCCCCUUUUUUGAAUAAAACUCUCACAGAUACUUAUUGCAGAUUCUACUUUAAGAAAAUGAUUGAGUCCCUCUUAUCACAAAGUUUAGUCUUAUCCCAGAUAAUGGGUCUGGAAGUAUUUAGGUGUUACCUUGCUCUACUCCUACGAAGGAGAACAAAUGUUAAAAUAGAUCUAUUUACAACUCAGAAAGGCAAUGAUUUAAACUUUGCUCUUAUGGCUUAAUUAUAAACAGUUAAAUUGAAGGUACAACAUCGUCAGAGAGUAUGUCUGCGUUUUUUGGGAAAAUCGCCAAAUCCGGAUAUCCGGAUCCAAAAACGAAUGUUCCUUUUUUGAGAAAUGACAAGACAAUAAAGGUCUUUCCAACGUUUUGGUUUUUGAACUUUUUACUUGUUGCCUGAUUUUAUACCUAAUUUAACCAUGAUUUUCAUUGCUUUAUUUUCUUUAGGUUGAACUAAAGGAGCAAGGAAAACUCAUUGUUGAUGGGGGAAAUGGCAAAGAAAAAAUUGGAGCAGGGUCGGGUGCACCUACCGGUUUGGGUGGUGGAGCAGGUGGAAUUAUACAGAUAAUAUCACCUGCCGGUCGCCUGCCACCUAAAGUUUUAUCUCUAAAACGAGGCACAACAUUUGAGCGGUGCAAGAACCAAGAGGCAGAACAUGGAUAUUACUAUUUUGUGGGAGGUAAUUUCCUUUAGCGGACUGUCCAGAAAUGUUUACUCCCUGUUUGCCCCUCACUAGUUCAAAUGAGUAUGUACGUGCUGUUGGGCAAUACAUGAAGCCAUUUGCUUCAACUCCAAACACGACAAGCGGGGGGGGGGGGGUUGUUGAAGAAAAGGGAAAGUGAUCUGCGCUGUCAUAGUUUCACCACCGAUGGAGAUCGAAAGCGAUUUCAGUGCAAACAAAUAUUUCACAAAAUAUGACUUGCUAUUGCCUAGGUUAAGAAUCCUACAGCCAAAACCCGUUGGCAAAGCAACAUGUUUUAUUGAUAAAAAGAGAUUAUUGUCAUUGAGCUGGUUCGAAAAAAGUUGUCUAAUAUGAUACCGGGUGUAUUUUCUAAAAGUAUACGCGACUAUUUGCCGCCGAUAUUUUAUCAUUGCUACAAUUCAGUGAAGACCCGCUGGAAGCCUUUCAUAUUUGAUAACCACUGUGUAGAAUGUCUGACGAAGUAUAAAUAAUAAAAUAAACCUAACUGGUUUGUUUAUUUACUGUCAGACAACUCUAGAGGGAAAAAAGUGGAGAUAUAUCCUCCUACAAAUCCAUAUAACUGGAGUUCAAGUCCGUCUUUGUUAAGUGCAUUACGUUGCUUCAGCGUCACGCCCACCCACAAAAGUAAGUAUCAUUCAGCCCAUCCCAUGUAAGUUCGAGUUUGUGGCAACUUUUAUGUUAAGCAGUGAAGUAUUCUCCCUUUUUUCGUUUUCUCUGAUUUCGAUGUAGCAAGGAGUACAUAAUUAUAAAACUUGCUUUAAAGUAAAUGGUGCAAGUUAGAUACGUCCUGUUUGGGGCGUUACACGAGUCUUGAAUGGCAGUGUAAAUACACUGCCUCAUAGGCUCCUGGUUGAUGUGGUAAUGUGUUGUUUGUGUAUAGUCUAUCAUUGGAAGAAGUUUCUGUGCUGCUAAAAAAACAGCAAUCUUGUUUGGGUCACGCUGGUGAAAGGUACGUUGCGCUAGAAUGACAAAGUGGAGGAAAAAAAAACACUGCAAAGUAGUAGCAAGAUAACUGCUGCUUUAGGGUGUUGAAGCACACAAACGUAUCCGUACGGUAGAUUAUUAUUCGAAUAAGGCCUAUCAGAACGCGAAUUCGGUGGCAAAGAACUGCGUGUAAGACCUAAGUUGACAGCUUUACUUUUAAUCGAUAAGCAAAGUUCAUCAUCGAGGUGUUUCACUUAGAUGAACAUCUCACAGGGGCACCCAACGAGAAUAUAGUUUAAAAACACUUAAACAUAGCAUUGUUCAACGUAUUUUAAGAUUUAAAUGGUAGAUAUAGGCAUAUUUUUAUCCCCUAAAAAUUUUUCACUUGUUCGGAUUUCCUAGCUGAAAGUCUAGUGAUCCGAAAAUUAUAGGGAUCAAAACUUACCUUUUCGAAAAUUUCAGGAAGAAAAAAGGCUCCCGAGAAUUCUAGGUGACCAUUUUAGGGUAAAAAGCCUUUAAAAAUGGGCAAUUAUACCAUUUUUUAGAUGUUCGAAAAUCCUAGGAGAGGCAGGCAAGCAAGAAAUUUUACAUAAAUGUUCCGAAAAUUCUAGAUCUCAAAUCGUCUUCCGAACAGAUAUUUUCCAAAAAUUGACGUUGGGAGCCCCUGAUCUCAAGAGUCGAUAGCCUGAAAUCAGUACUGCAAAAUUGUGGUUACGCGAUCGGAAACGUUUGUCGACCCGAGGAAACCGCCUGCAGUGAUGCAGGCUAACGAGCGGAAAAAACGACACGAAUUCAACUAAACCCAGCAAAUCUUCAUGUCGAUUGUCUAUGUAUGUCAUCUGGAGGUUAGUCUCAUGCGAUUCAUGUUAUUAUAUUAAGCUAAUUUUAAAGUGUAAAAGUUGUUUAAAGUGCUCUACACUUAAAAAGCUCCAAGUUAAAAAGAAAUUAAACACGCUUUUAAGUGCAAUUGCUAGGGACUGCAAUGUGAUUUAUCCAUACUCUUGUAUUAACAAGUCACAAAAUUAUUCCUUAAAUAAUCAACAAUGACCAUCUAUAAUUUUCUUCAUCAGGUUUUACAGGCACGACUUUCAUUGUUACCUCACCCGUAAAAAUUCCCACAACAAGUCCACUUCAGUCUUCUUCAUUGGCACACGUAGCUAUAACGGGUUUGUUUAUAAUUUUAAGAUCUCAUACUGACUCUACUAUGACUUAAGGCUAAUGUCUAAUCAAAUCUGGUUCAUUAAAGUGUCAAACGUGGUUGACCCCUUGAAACAUCGAUUACAGGCUGAUUUCUUUUGUUAAAGAAAUGUCAACAAAUUGAAUUACUUUUCGCUAUUCGCUGACAUUGUAGGCGAAUGCUUUAGAUAAAAAUGUAGAACUUAAAACGCCUAAGCCUCUUUCCUAGAUGUUCAUAGCGCAGCACGAAGAAGUUGUAGUGUGUCUUGCUGAUGCGUCUACUAUAGGGCUUACCCUAACUCAUGAACGUUUAUAUCCAAAGGACACCACUCAACGUGGCGUAAAAGCUAACCAUAGUAUACUCAAUUUUCGCAUUGAUAUGCAAUAUCUACCACCAGUAACCCAACAGUGCAUUGUAGUUUGCUAUGAAUCAGUCCGUUUCCAAGUUGAUAAUUUUAUUGUUGGUUUAGAGUGUGCGCAAGAUACGAGCUCGUAAUGAAAGAAUAAUUCUGGAAAUCAUGCUUAAUUUUUAAUAAUUUAAGAUGCUAAUAACAUAAUUCCAUGAUUCUCACAUUUUUAUCAGGUAUCAGCACAGACAAAGGUUCGAGUCCUCUGCUAAUGAAUAGUGUUUGCACUUUAAUGUAUGUCAGUUGUCCGUAUUGACUUUCAAGGUGGUGUUAAUGACUUUGAUGUUGGCGUUAAUGAAAGUAUAUUUUUCUCUUUUGUAUGUCGAAUGACACAAAUGAAUGCCCAAAAAUGUUAUUGAAUGCUGAUUAAAAUGCAAAAAUCGUUAUUGAAUUUGAUUUAGACGCAAAUGUUCGCUUUUUCGCGCUAAUGAAUGCAUCUCCGCGCUGUUGGUCGCCGUUUCACACAAAUGAAUGCGUAUUUUCUCGUAAUGAGCAGCAAAAGGUGAAAUACACAGCCAUUUGAAAGAGAUGGAAAUAAAUAUUCCUCUUCCUCGUUCUCCUCUUAAAAAGGGGCAAAGAAAUUGGUUUCCAACGUCUUUGCGUUUUUGUGUGUAAUCGCUCCACAAUCGUGACACCGAACAAAGCCCUCUUUGAUGUAAUUUCUCUCCUCGGGGAUCUGGUGAUCGCAUAUUGGACUACUUUUGUAGUAAUCGUGCCAAAAGCAUUUAGGACAUUUCAUGAUCAAUGUCCCGUACACAUUAGAGUUCUCAUAAUGUUCACAGGGAUUUUCAGAGUGAAAGGUGGUGGACUUUUCCUGGCUACUCCUUUCUGUUUCCUGACUGUCGCUUUCACUGUCGUUUUCGCUCUCUUUGGUGCCUUCAGCUUCACUGCUAUUCUCAGAAGCCACUUCCUCUUCUUCCUCCUCCUCCAACUGCUCCCCCUGAUUUUCAAUAUCCGAUGAACUCUCCUCAUUAUUACUCUCGUUAUCGGAAGUAUCUUCUGCAUUUCGGUAGCUUUUUUCCUUUUCUAUUAAAUCACUUAGCAAAUUUUUGUUCUUGAUUAAACCUUUAUCGAAUCCUAACUCUGCAAGUUCAUCUAGAAACGUAUUCAGUGCACGAGGCUUGGUAACGUCAUUGUUAUGAGGGAGAAACACAUACUCAACUAGGUCGGUGAUGUUUGUGACGGGAAUAAUACGUUUCUUUCGAAGUUUACUGUAAUUGUCCGUGGGGAGUCCAGAAAAGAAUAUCUUGGGAAGCGACCAUACUAUGCAGCAAUUCAGAGGCACGCUUUUCCGACACCGCUUGGGAAAGAUGACUUAAAACAUCUUUUAUUCUUGAUGUAGCUAUACCUAUGCACCAAAACGGUGUAAAAUGACCCUCUAUUACUACUGAUACAUCCUGUUUUUUGACGUUGUAAGAUUUAAUUGGCAGUGUAAACACAUUGCCCCUUUCAAUUAGGCUUCUAGUUUUAGCCUCAUUCGCUGACAAAGGUAAUAUGGUGUAACAAGAGAGGAUAAAGGGGUCAGAGAAGGCAUUCCCCAUACACACCCUAUUCUAUAGGUAAUUCGUCUCGAGUUAUUUUUAGAAUCGGGAUAAAGUUACCUCGCGCGCUGCGUGGAUGUUUCGUGGAGGUUUCGCAUGACUAAACGCCCUGCAAAACAUGUCGGGCGAAAGGCAAUGAAAGCGUAAAGAAAUCGAGAGCAUUUCUGAAUAUUGAAGCGAAAUGAGUCGGCGCUCACUUGGGAAACGGGAAUCGCUGGACUCUUUGAAAACCCGUGAAAUCAGUUUAACUCGAAGUUGUCGUAGCCUCAGUGCUUUAAUAUAAUGAGAAAUUUCGCCGGUCUAUUGAAACCGGUCGUCUGUAUAAUAAAGCAAGUAGGACGCUAAGUGUUAUUUUUGUUGAAUAACAAAAGACUAAUAAAAGAAUAAAUAUCAAACCAGGAAUUGCUCUCUUCAAACUGUAAAUUAUUAAUGAUCCUGAGAGAAUAUUCAGUAUGUUAAGGAUUUCCCUGCUGUGUUGUUAGCUCUCUACAUGAGGGCAAGGGCGAUUCGUUUUUAAUUUCCGGUUCGCUGACACAGCUUUAGCAGAAAUCUCUCUUUAGUCGUUUCCGUCGACAAAACAAAUAGCAAUAUCGCUCUCCGAGUCUUCUGCCAUUUUUUUCUGCGUCAAUUCGUGAAGGACGCGUGGCUCUGAGCGUGGGUCAUCGACCCGGAACACAUUUGCGCUAUAUGAUUGGCUGUUGUCUAAUCCCCCUUGGGAUCUAUGGUCUUAAAAAUAACUCGAGACGAAUAACCUAUAGCAUAGGGUGUGUAUGGGGGAUGCCCUCUCUGUCCCCUUUAUUAUCUCUUGGGUGUAAACAUUACUUUUAUAAUUGGAAGCAGUUACAAUUAAAGAAAACAACGACACCGUACGUGAGUGUCCCGGAGGUGAAAGAUGGUAUGAUUAAUUCAAAAACAAAAGGGGCUCACGAAUAAAAGAUUGAGAAGAGAAUUAAGCUCAAUUUACUGGUAAGACGCACGUAGAGUAACUUGACUGAUUCUUUUUACCACAACCAUAUUGCAGCAUCGUCCACAUUUCUUGCAAUCUCAUCUACAACAUCGACCUACACUGGUUCAACUGUAAGUUGUAUUUCAUCUCAAGCAGUACCCACAACACCAGGUAUGCACUUAACUGUUUACAUUUAUUUACAUAUCCAUCGCAUCACUGUGUGGCCUCAAUAUACACAUAUACAUAUAAUUGUCCCGUAGGUUAAAGAAAGAGUCAAUAAAUAAAACGCUGUAAAAUAGUAUGAUUAAUUUAAAAAAUUAAUUAAAAAACAAAAGGGGCUUAUGAGCAAAAGAUUGAGAAUUAAGCUCAAUUUACUGGUAAGACGCACGUGGAGUAACUUGACUGAUCUUUUUACCACAACCAUACUGCAGCAUCUUCCACAUUUUUUGCAAUUUUCCAGUACCGUUCAUUGAUCUUGUUUCCUUUCAGAAGUCUAUAUUGUUGUUUUUGUAGUCGUUGUUGUUGUUCUUGUUGUUGUUAUCGUUACAAUUGUGUGGUCUCGAUCACAGAACAAUUACUGUUAGAAUCCUGUAGGGCGUUUUCACUUCACAAUGUCACGUCCGCCAUAUCGGUAUCCCAAAAUAAUGGAACAGCAGCCAUGUUUGUGUCCCAAACCAGCCCUUUAUUUGACUGUUGAACCUUUUCCAUGGAACGUUCGUUUGUUCCAGUAAUUUGCAUACCUGUUGCCACAUCAGGGAGUGAAAACGCUCUAUUGGCGAAUCUUUGUUUACAUGUUAUGUCUCAUUAACUUAUCCUUAUCAUACAUCUUCUCAAGGUAUUAAAUACCAUCUCUGAAUUCUAUUAGUCGCAUUCCAGAAUAAGAAUAAAAUUAGUGGUACUAUGAGUGACUUAUUGGCAAACAAACGCACACUCUCACUGUAGGACGAUGGACACGUUCAAUUAAACGAUGCACGAGGUCUAGCCAAGUUUUAAUUCUCCACAAACAAUAUUUAAAAACCAUAACAGGAGCACAAAAUACAAAUGUUAAUACUUGUGUAAAUGUAUAUAAAUUAAUUUACAAAUACAAAGGAUGAAAAGUUGUAACUCGGAGUUUCACACACUAAGCGAUGAGUACUUGGUGCGGGAAACUCUGAGUUACGGCUCAUUAUCUUUUCAUUUGUUUUUCAAUUCGCUCUGCAUAUUGGAUGCAUUGAUCACUCCCAGGGUAGGUGAAACAAUAUUUCUUAUCGUGUGUUCAUUUUAUUAAUUUACAUCAUAAAUAGCGAAAUGUAUUAUUCAACCAUCCGAAGGACAAAGUCUCACUACAACGUUCCACAUUAACUGCUCUGCCUGGACUUCUUCCUGUUCACGUCCUUCAGCAUACGAAUUCCAGUACACGCUUCAAAAUGGCCUUCAUGGCAUACUAUAUAAAGGGAAUAUGAGCAGCUUCCGUACGAUACUAAUCCAUGGCAUUUCUAACAUAACUACGACAAUCCGUUUUGUAAAUGGAGCAACAAUAAAACAGGAAUUGAAUGUCUUGGUAAGGGCUUUUUAGAGUGACGGUAAUGCCUGAUGAAGGUGUGGCUUUUGUGAAUUAUGGACUCGAUAUGUGUAUGAAUACUAAAUGUAGAUAUUUAACUAAUUAAGAUCACAGUUAUGAACUGAAGCACACACUACCAACUCCGCGGUAUGGACAGUACCGUAUAUCACCCCAGCAGAGCAAGGUGGCAGACAUGGACAGCUGUUUCGUUCUUGUUACGUCUCAUCAGCAUGGCAUAGCCAGCACGGUCUCACUUUUACCCCCACUCAUUGACUCGACGGCUAUGACAUGCUGAUUUGCCCUAAUGAGGCAGCUGCCACUGCCGGAGUGAUAUGGUUUUGCGCAUGCGUAAGGUACUAGCCAUACCCCGAGUUGGUGCGUGUGCUUCAGUGCAUAAUUUGAUUGUUAACUAAUUACCUUCAGAAUAGGGCGACAAACAUCUGUAAGAUUUAUAAGUACUAUUUUACCUUGAAUCAUGGAUAACAGAGACCCUUGGUCAUGUCAAACAUCUUAGGAACCCUUCCAGCCCUGAUAAAAAAUAAGGGGCUGAGUGCGGUCAGCAAUUAGAAAAAGUACUAAAUUAACAGAACUAUCCUACUUCCAUUAACUGGAGAAGACUCGUCCACAGGUCGCUUUUUUGAUUGACGUUGACUUAGCCAAAAGGGCUUUAAAAGAUUCUUUGUACUAAGCAGCAAAUUGAUACAGUCAUGUCUCAAGGGUUCUUUUUUUGGCCGCUACACUGAACUGUUGCAUUAUAGUGUGGUAUUCACAUUUAAAUGAUAUGUAAAUUCCUGAAACAAAACGUUUUAUUCCCAAAUGGUUUGAAUUAGGUACAACAUUAAGUUAGCCGAAUAGGUCUAUUGAAUAGAAAACAAUGGAUUUUUAAAAGGCCAAAUCAACAGCUACUUCGAGGAAAAAUAAUGUUACAGUUACAAUGGGUUUCAUUAAAAAAUAAAUUUAAAAAACUAUUUUAUCAUUCACUAGGUUCGACCGUCUUCUUCACAAAAAUGCGAUGAAUGGAUUAGGAAGUUAAACCAGAGUGAGAAUGCAAGUUUGGUUCUUCUGGUGAUAGUAGAACGUUUGACAUCUAAUUACACUGAUCUCAAAACAUGUCACAAGGUUAGAAAGAAAUCUGUUCUAUUUGCGGAAAAUCUUCCAAAUAGAUGACUACUUUCUGCCCACGCAGUAAACUGGUACUAUCAAAACUCAUUGUUUUCGUGCGUCUUGUCUGCACCAACAACGUCUCCAAUAAGUUUAACGUGCUGUAAUCCUGCCAACCAGCUUGAAGAAGGACAGUAUAAAACCGUGGUUUCCCAAGGGAUCAGUUUUUAAAUGACUUUUCAUAUAGAACAACAAAGACACUCAUAUUUAAUCCAGUACUGAAAAGCAAAGUAGUGGUCAAAAUUUUCGACUAUCACUGACGCCAAAGGUUUCGCUAUGUUGCCCGCUCAGAGUCUCCGUUUUAGAGAAACGGGAGGGCGCUUUGUUUGGGGAGAGUGCCAGCUAUAUCAUAGAAAAGUCUCUAAUAGUUAUUGUUGUCUAUUUUGUUUUAAUUCAAACUGUAAUCGUCUUCUUUCACAGAUUAAAACGCCAAUUUUUCAUUUUCUUUUAACACAAAAACUGGAAAACAUCAACGAUCUUCUUUCGAUUUCAUUGCUCAUUGGUUCCAUAGCUGAUCGGCUGGAAAUAAAUUCGACUGAUUUAGUUGUAAGUAAAUGACAGAUAACAGAUAAAGUACUAAGUAGGUACCUUGAGAACAUGAUUAUUCUGGGCAGAUUUAGGAAUAUCAUUUUUCACUUAUUAGAGAGUGUGUUGUGGGGGAAUCUCAUUACCUUGCAGGGAAUACAUAACACCGAUGACGCCAUAGCCUUUUCUAUCUUUAUCUCAUGAACAAAAUGCGGGGAAAUCUUAUUUAAGAAAUCCGCCCUAUCCUUCAACAAACUACAUUAAUUUAUUAUCCUGCCUCUACUUCAUAGAAUUACUGUCAGCGGGCCCCAACAAAAAAUCCCUUAAAAUUCCCAUUUCGGCCAAUUCAUUUCAACUUGACUGUGUUCUAUUUUCAACGACUGAAAUUUUGCAGGUAUUGCAUAUGAUUUUGCAAAAACUGGUUGCAAAUGUGCGCGAACGGUUUAGAGCAACUACACCAAAAUCUGGCUCAACUUUGACUCUGCUGACGGAAAACAUUAUUUACACCAUUGGAAAACUAUUGAAGAUUAGUUCAGGAGAUGCUCAUUUCGCAAAUCAAGACAAGCCCCCUACAUAAAAUGGUAUGCAGUAACAUUAAGUUUUAUCUUCGAAAAAACAAUCCUUAAAAAUUAUCCAGAGGGAGACCUUGCCAAGUGCAAAAACGCGACUGAAUUGUUAAGUCGCGUUUUUGAACAUCUCUCCGCAGCACAAUUUUGCUAACACAUCCGCUUUCCUGACUCUUUGACUAGUACCUGAGUAUCACCAAUCGUUUAAAGAUUUGUGUGUGCGUUAAGUCGGAAACAUUUCCAACGUAACGUAACUUUGCCCAACUUAUUAGAGAGUAAAAAGAGGGAAAAGAUAUUUGCAAACAACCUCUGGAUAACUUAAGUCGUCUCAAUCUGAUAGCUCACUAGCUCAUGCGUUCGUGGUUCCGCGGACGAAACACUAAAGACAAACACACUAUCCACCUACAUAAAAGUUAUUUUCUUCCAGGUGACACCACCCUCACGUAUCCUCGAUUCAAGAGGCGCCCCAAUACAAUCAAAACAUUAAAAACCCUUUUUUACUUCUUUUUUUUCAAUCAGGGGAUCGGUAAAACAUCGUCUUAUGCAUUUGUUGACCUAAUUGCCAACAUUUAUUGAGCGAGCCUCUGAUCAAUUUGUCGCGUCCUUGGGAGCAGUUUCUUAUUUUCACCCACUAGGUAAUUUAUUUUCUAACUUUGUUUAUAUUCCCUACUCAGAAAAUCAACACUACCGAAAAAAUCCUAUCCUUGAAGAGUCACAUGAUUGAAGGAUUUCGCCUAUCAUUGAAAAAGGACCCAGGAAACAUGUCUUUCACAUCGAAAUAUCUUAGCAUAACGGUGGUUUCUAUACAAAAAAAAGACAUCCACCAUGGUUACAGACUUGAUGCACAUAGAAGCAGCUUUAUAAUCCCCGAUCUCAACAAAGUCUUGAGCAAAAUGAACGACAGCUACGUUCUGUUUUUAGAGGUACGAUAAAUCCACCUUCCGUAUUUUCGCUAUAUUUUUAACAUUGUUGGUCAGGGUUGUAUGUGUUGUGAGCUGUAGUGGCAUAUGGAAAAAUUUCAUUAUUUGAAGGAAACAAUAACUUGGUAUUAACUUUACAGGGAAGCCUAUUCGACAACUAUGUUGGUUAUUGAAGACAGACUAGCGCGCGUAUUUAGUAAUUAGCUCAAAUCACAGAUUCGAUCUACUAAAAUUGGUUUCUCUUAUACUAGUUGAUGAUGAUGAAGAUGAUGAUGAUGAUUAUUAUUGUUAUUAUUAUAAUUAUUACUUGUAUGAUCAAAUUUAGAGUUUACCGUAUAAUUUUUUUUAUGGUGAAUGUUUCUCUCCUAGAUGUGGAGUACACCCUUCAAUCCCUUUACUUGGGAUAUAACCAGCAAAAGGGUAACGACAGAUGUGGCGAGUUUAGAUGUUCGGGAUGCGGAAGGGAAAAAGAUCCUCAUUUCUGGUCUGACACCAGGAGUCAUUAUUUUACUACCUCUGAAUCGACAGACAAGUCAUCCAGUAAACGUUUCUUUCGGAGCAGAUAGAGCUCUCAGACAUCACAAAAUAGAAACUCUGUUUGAAAAUUCCAUGGUUAAAAUCUGGAUAAUCCUUGAAGAAAGUGACGUUGCCGUCUCCUCCAUAAAAAUAGCGAAACCUCUUGAGACUUCUCCGCCCCUCGAAUGCAAGCGGGUACGGGGUGCUUGGCUCAACAGCGGUAGAAUCACAUGUGAGGGAAAAAAUCAAAUAAAAAUCUCUUUUACGGCAUUCGAUCCUGGAUAUUAUGUUCUCUAUAUGGACUUCAAAGCCGUUACAGAAAGUUCUGGAAACGUUGAUGAAUGGGAGGGUAAUGACAACGGAUGUAUCAAGAUCAGACAACCUCCUUCAAGCUCGAAGAAAGCGAACGUUAGUUACACUUUUGAAGUGAGCGAAUCCACUUGUCUCUUUUGGCAACAAAUUCAAUCUGAAUGGAGAACUACUGGAUGUAAGGUAAAUAAAUUAUCUUGUUUUUAGAGGGAUACAGGCUUUGAGGCCGCUCUGACCCGAAAAGCGUUCAACUCAACCCGAAAUAAAAAACGAAAUCCGUUUUAGCUUGCCUAGGGCUUCUUUAGAUCUUUAAGUAUUCUUUUACUCAUCCUAUAUUAUCAUAUUAUUGGUUAGAAACAAAAUGAGUCGCAUAGCUUGUGAUAUGCAAAUCAGCAAAGAAAUGGUAUUUUUUAUAAAGUGAUUUACGUUUCCCAUUUACUUUUCAAUUCGUCCGCCAAUUUCCUCUUGACAUGAGACAAUUACACCUCUACCUAGCCACGCAUUUGAACAUUUUUCUCAAGUGAAACAAAACAGAAAAGCCCCAAAGUUUCACUGAAAAGGACUCAAAUAAUUUUCCUAUAUUACUACUUUUAAGGCAUUGGAAAUUAUCAAGGACUCUACACUUAAGUGCUCUUGCAGUCACUUGACGAGUUUUGCGGGAGGCUUCCUGGUACCACCAAAUCAAAUCAACUUUGAGCAAGUAUAUCACGAGUUAACGUCUCCAGAAGAACCUGGCAAAUUUCUAGUUUUGGGAACAGUGUUAACAUGUUUCCUUGUUUACUUGGUGGCAGUCCUUUUGGCCAGGAGAGCGGACAUAAAAGAUAGCUCGGUGGUAAGAUAUUUAUAUCCACGAUUUAACCAGGUAGCUUAAUAAGUUCAACGUAAGGCUUGAAUAGCACUUACUCCUUAUCCACUGCUCACUCUACCAUUUAGUGGAGCCAACGGGGCAACAGGAGUCGACGUGUCACGCUUUCAGUUCCAUUCUUCCCGGUACCUGGAUUUUUCUCUCCGUAGUACCGAGCUCGUUUGUAAUUACAUGGCCAGUUGGUUUGUCUACCCCAUAAGCUUAAUUAUUACGGACGACCCAAAGGCGACCGCAAAUUUUUAUCUCCAGCUUGCUAAUAUUCAUGAUAUACACUGCACUUACGUAGCCAGAAACGCAUUUGCUUGGACUUCCAGUAAGAAUGAUUGGAAUGCAUAAAACGCAAUCUGAUGAAGCGCGUUUGGACCUUCUAUAACUUAUAAUUUGAUGGCUAGCCUGUUCCAGGCGUUCGGAUAGGGGAGUGCGGCGCGAAUUAAGAGAGCGGUAAAAAACGGAGGACCCCCUAACUCACUCCCUCGCUGUUUGUUUCUGCUCUCAUCUCUUUGCGCUAUCCCCACGAUCUGAACGCCUGGAACAGGCUAUCUUAUGGCAUGUGUUUAGAUCUUCUAUCAAGUGAAAGUUACAUAAAGCAGAGCGUUUUGACCUUAAAUCGAUGACGCCCACACUCCCUAAUUGUUGGUUAUUGCUAGCUCUAUAAUUACUUGCAUUUGAUUAUUUGAAUGGUGCACAUGUAAACAUAUAAACAAGGCAUUACUUUACUCCUGAUUUCAGCUACAAGAUAACAAAUCCUUAAACAGUGGAACAGUCCAAUCAGAAGGUUCAACAUAUCAGAUAUCCGUAAAGACUGGCGUCUGGCUUGGUGCAGGAACAACGGCCAACGUUUCGUUUAUUAUACACGGGGUUGACGGCAACAGUGGUACUAUCAAUAUCUACCAGGAUGGUACAGCCGGUUCCAAAACUAUAUUUACUCGAGGAUCUACACAAACGUUUACAACGACUCUAAGAGAAGACAUAGGAGACAUUUAUUCAUUACGUAUUUGGCAUGACAAUUCAGGCAACGACCCUUCGUGGUAUUUAGAUGAGAUAGAAAUUACAGAUACAAGAUCUGCAAACUGUUGGAAAUUCAUCUUUGAAACGUGGCUAAGCCUGGAGGAAGAAUCGUACACUAACGAAGUUCUUCAAACUCCUCUCCAAUCCAAUCGCAACAUCACAAGAAAAGCCAUCAAAGAAAUGUUCUCCAAUGGCCACCUUUGGUUGUCGAUCAUAACGAAGAUUCCAAAUGACAUCUUUACCAGAGUUCAAAGAAUCUCCUUUUGUUUUUCAGUACUUUUAUGUACAAUGGCUACUAAUGCUUUAUUUUACUCCUGGGGAGCACAGUCGCCCCAAAAUAUAAGUCUGGGUCCACUAAAGUUUUCUGCGAGACAGGCGAUUGUGAGUAUCCAAGCCAAUCUUAUCCUCUUGCCUUUGCAAGUCCUCUUCCUGUUUUUCAAAAACACCUUGGCUCGAUUGCAAGGAGAACGCACACGUCUUCGUUUGAUAUACAUCACUUCUAUUUUGCUUGCAAUUAUGACUACUGCAUCCGCAGCUUUAACUAUUUCAUACGGUCUCGUGUGGGGGAAAGACAAAAGCCAAGAAUGGAUUUCUGCAGUCAUCGCCUCUGUCUUUGAAGACAUUCUGAUUGUGCAGCCGUUUAAAUGUUUUAUUGUUGUCUCACUGACCGUUAUGCUUUCUAAAUGUAAAUCAACUCAAGUAUCCUCAUAUGAACCUCAGGAAACGCCAUCUGUGAAACCAAGUACUUGGUCCAGGGAGGAAUCAAACGUGAGGAAAGAAAGUGUCGUAAAAGCUAAACGUCGGUUAUCCAUUAGACAGGCAAUCUUCUAUGUAACCUUCCUGUUUGUUCUCGGAGUGCUUUCAUAUGGAAACAGAGAUUCGAAUGGGUACCAUUUAACAAGAUCUCUUUAUGAUCAUAUUGGGAAUUUCACCAAGGUACAAGCUUUAUUUAAUUUCAGGGUCACUAUUCUCGCAGUUUUCAAUCACGAGUAAGGUCGAUAAAAAUUCUUGAAUUGAGUACUAACAGUUCUAAAAGAGUGCAGGCCAGAUUUAAAUAUGUCGUAACGUUAAGGGUUCUCUUAGUCGUGAAAUAAUACUGAAACAGCGGAAGCAGUAGCAGCAGCAACAGAUGUAGGAGCAGUAAUAGUGGUGGUGGUGGUGCAGAGUGAUAGUGGUGGUGGUUGUGGUGGUGGGAGUAGCGGUGGUGCUAGUCGUAAUGAUACGUAGUAUUUAACUUCAUAAUACACAUUUGGAAACGUUUUUAAACAAAAUCCUUUUUUCAGGUUUCAAAUCCAACUUUGUUCUGGAAUUGGAUGGCCCAUGACCUUAUUCCUCAACAGUACUUCACCAACCAGCAAAUACAACACUACACACUGCUCAACGCAGAACAAACGUCGACUAGGAUUGGAAUGAUCAGACUGCGCGAGCUGAGAGCAAAGAAAGGCAAGUAUCACUGAAUAGCUGACUGAAUAUUUGAGUGGAUUUUAAUUAAUGAGCUGUAUAAUGUGUAACAAUGACUCUCCGUACAAUUGACAAAGUCAGUUUUCGGACACGGAAGGUGUUGGAAGCUUGACAUUCCAUGGGAACACCAUGACGGACAACAGUUCUUCCAUAAUCCCUAGCUAGACAAUAUAUUACAUUCUUUUCAAGAACUCGCCAUCGUUUUAUACAUUCUGUUCAAUUGUAAUCAGUCACACUUUUCGCUAUAUAGAAAAAUUUCAUCACCCCCUUAUCAUUUCACUUCAGUCCCUGCCGAAGACUGUAAGUUAAACUUAGCGGGAAAUCUUGUUUUCUUUUUUUAACCAGAAUAUCUUUUGAAUUAAUCUUUACUGUGGCUCAUCCUGUAUACGACCCAUCCGGUCCCCUUUUUAUUUAUAAGCUGUGAUCCAUUUGUUGUUAGUGCAAUGCCCGGUGCAAACGUUCCUUGACGUGGACUCAGGGCAUCAAAGUUGCUACGACAGCUACUCCACCGGAAGGGAAUCUCAAGAGCCGUUUCAAUUGAAGCAAGCAAACUCAUCAGUUCAGUUCCAACAAUGUUCCCUUCCAUGGAUGUACCAAACAUCAGAGGAACUCAACUCCUCCCCCAAAUGGGGACACCACGCUUGGUAUGGUGGGGGAGGAUAUGCUGCCGAUUUAGGCUACGAGGCACACACUGCUUACACAGUCAUAAACCACUUGCGAUUAGGAAAAUGGAUUGAUCGUCAGACAAGAGCUGUCAUUGUAGAAUUCAAUUUCUUUAACCCAGCAAUCAGUGUAUUAGGUGUCUGUUCCUUCUUUUUUGAAUUCCUUCAGACAGGCCAGGCUACCCCUUUGAUGCACGUUGAUUUGAUCUCGCUGCACAACACGGAUUCAAUCCUCCAAAUGUUUCAAGGUCUUUGCUUGGUCAUCUUCAUUGGAAUGGUUUUCUUAAAAUCAGGUCAGACAGUCAUGGCCUUGCUACAACAAAGAUGGCGUUACCUGCGAAGUGGCUGGUGCUGGCUUGAUCUUGGACACCUUGCAACCUCAAUUUCUCUUCUUCUCUGCAGCUUUAUUAAGUCUUAUCAAAUUUCCAAAAGCAUGCAGAAAUUGCGGCACAACAUCUUUGCUACAGUUAACUUUCAAACUGCAGUUUUGUGGGGAAAUAUCGAAAACUCUUUCCUGUCCAUUGUGAUUUUUCUUACAACCAUCAAGAUUCUCCAACUUACUUACUUUAAUAUGUAUACACGUGUGUUCGCCCAAGCCUUGCGUACUUGGGUACGAGAAUUCUUUUCUUUCUUGAUGGUUCUCUGUGUUCCAUUCUUUGCAUUCCUACUCUCAGGCAUGUUGCUGUUUGGAACACGAAAUAUAAGAUACUCAAGUGUCUGGCCAGCUUUUUCUUACCAGCUGGAAAUUGUUCUAGGGAGAGUAAAAGCUCGACCCAUACAAGAAUUAAUUGAAGCACAUUCCGUCCUUGGACGUCUUUUUGUCAGUACUCUUCUCGUUAUUAUAACUGUUAUACUGAUGAAUUUAUUCGUCAGUUCCUUGGACGAUGCAGUCAGUGACGCAAAAAGUACAGUACAGAUGAACACAGAACAAGAGUCAUCAGAGACCCAAAUUCCAAACAGAAGAAACGAACAACAUGAAGUGAAGAAUGUGCACUUGUCUUUAACUUCUGCGUUCUACGACCAAAUAAGCAACCAGUUAAGGACCAUCGACUUGAUCCGUAAUCUUCCACAAGCCUAUGUCAUUGAUAAAAAGCUAAGUGAAGUUCUGAAGAGAAUGGAC